AUGGAAGUGAAUGAAGAAGAUAGUGACGAAGUUCGAACAACAAAUUCAAAGGAUGAAACUGAUGACGGACCAAUAGCAAUGCGUACUCGAGGAGCGGAAAGAAAACAGAAACUACUGCAAACAAGUAUGGUACAAAGGGCAAGUUCAAUAACGUUAAUGGUUACCAUUACUUUUUCAUUACUGAUACACGUUACUUUAGCAGGUAACCUGAUAUUACCAGGGGAUAAUAUAAUGGUAAAAGGGAUUAAUAGAACUUUGUUCAUAGCUCCUUGUAAACUAAAAUUCGAUGUUCCCAAAUUAACUAAAUUGAUCAGCUGUAUAAUCGAUCAAUUCAAAAUUGAAAAAAUAACGGCCGAAUUAGAAAUCCUAUCACAACAACAACAAUUUCGUAAUGGUCAAUACGCUCGACCAACAUGGAGCCUUGUGGAUGAGAUCAAUCAAGAAAGCGAUGAGUUAUCAAUCCGAUUUAAAUAUGGAACUGAUAAGAGCUCGGAAUUCAUACAAGAAUUGAAUAAUCUUACAACGAACUGGAAGCUCGUUAGCUUUUGUAUUUCUACUUUUAUUCUCAUGUCAAUUCUUGUUAUUGUUAAUCUAAAAUUGAAGCUAAUCUGUAUAGUUUUCAAAUGUUUCAAACGAGCGCAACGAAAGGCAAGUCCUACUGAAGCAGAACUAGUACCUACUUUAAAGGAUGAACAAUCCCAAAAUUUAUCAUUACAAUUAAAUUCAAUCAAAUAG